UGGAAAGAAGAUGAAAACAUAAGAAUCGUGUUACACGUGUUCCACUCGGAUCGUUCGAGCAAUCCAAGAUGCCGUUCACAGCAGACGCUGCCGCCAGCCAGAUCCAGGAGAGGCUGAAGAACCUGUACCAUCUGGUGCACGAGAUCGAAACUCAGCGUGUUCGUUCGGAACACAACCUGAACAACAUCAUCAAGACCUACGAGAAGGUAACUCCGGAGGACAAAGUUUCGCCGUACUACCAGCAAAAACUGAAGAACCUCUACAACGCGGCGAUCGGGGAUUCCCAGCAAGAGGAGGAAAUCCUCCGUAAAGCUUUAGGGAAGAUCAACGAAAUCCGCGCGAUCAGAAACGAACGACGCAUACAAGCUCGCAACGCGGGGAACAAAGAGACGAUCCGUCGAGGUGCUCUGAUGAAGAUGUUGCUGAGCACGGCGCAGACUCUUCCCCUGUACGUAGGCAAGACGCCGGGAGCGAAACCGCCGCCGUUGUGCGGGGCGAUCUCCGCCGAGCCCACGUACAUCGCGAAAAUGGGCGACAUGGUGGCCGCUCUGGUGAAGGGCUCGGAGGAAGAGGAGAACUGGAUCCUAGCCGAAGUGGUUCAGUUCAACCCCACGACGAACAAAUACGAGGUGGACGACAUCGACGAGGAGCAGAAGGACAGGCACACCCUUUCGCGACGAAGGGUGGUACCACUGCCGUUGAUGAGGGCUAAUCCAGAGACAGACCCGCACGCCCUCUUCCCUAAAGGCUCGAUCGUGAUGGCGUUGUACCCUCAGACUACCUGCUUCUACAAGGCGGUGGUGAACCAGCUGCCCACAACCGCCACCGAGGAGUACGAGGUGUUGUUCGAGGACGCGACCUACGCCGACGGUUAUUCCCCUCCGUUGAACGUUGCUCAACGUUACGUGAUCUCCAUCAAGGAGAGCAAGAAGAACAAGAGCCAGUGCUAACGGACGAUCUGCGAUCGAAUCGCGCCAGUAUUACCUUCACGGUCUGUCUCCCGCUCGUAUUCCACGAGUAGAGUACCACCGUACCACGUUUUCCCUUUUGUA